UUUAUUUUAAAAAUAUUAUACUAUUAGUAAAAGAAAAUAUUGUUUUUGUUUAUUUAAUCAGUUAGUCUAAUGGAUAAUCAAAUUUUGUAUCCGUCGAUCGGUUCGAUUUGGGUACAGUUGGCCGGCAUUUACGGAUCACUGGCCGUAGCUAUGGGAGCCUACGGUGCUCACAAAGUUCAACAUAACAACCAGCUAUCGGAUCAUUCAAAAGUGGUCUACGAAAGGGCCAACAAAUAUCAUCUGAUACAUUCGCUAGUACUGUUGGCCAUACCGUUGGUCGGUCAUCCCUGGCUAAGUGGUUUACUGAUUACAGUAGGUAUGACACUGUUUUCGGGUACGUGCUAUAUAAACGUAUUUACUGGUAAUAAACAAAUUACACGUUUGACGCCCGUCGGUGGAGUCACUCUUAUUAUUGGUUGGCUAACUAUGGCCUACUAGAUAUGUAGGUCUACUAUAUCAUAA